AUGGCUGAUCGCGGAUACGUCAAAAGAGAGGAGGAGGAUGAAGACGACGCCGAGGAGGAGCUUGACGAGACCGACUUCAAGGCUCAAAAAGAUGCCAUUUUGCUCGCGAUUGAUGUGAGCUCAUCAAUGAUGCAGCACCCGCCCACGACAAAGUCCAAGAAGGCCGAUAGGGACAGUGCUGUCGAGGCAGCUUUGAAAUGCGCCUACCAUCUUAUGCAGCAGCGCAUCAUCUCUAAUCCCAAAGACAUGAUGGGCAUCUUGUUCUUCGGCACGGAAAAGUCAAAAUUUCAAGAGGAAAGUGGUAGGGCCGGUUUGGGCUAUCCUAAUUGCUACUUGUUUACCGACCUCGAUGUUCCCGCUGCUGAGGAUGUCAGGGCACUGAAGACCCUGGUCGGAGCAGACGGAGAAGAGGCAGAAGAUGAAGAUGAGGUACUAGUGCCGGCAAAGGAGGAGGUCCAGAUGGCCAAUGUGUUUUUCUGCGCAAACCAGAUCUUCACUACCAAGGCAGCCAACUUUGGCAGCAGACGACUUUUCAUCAUUACAGACAAUGACGACCCUCACGCCAAGAACAAGGAUGCCAAAUCGGCCGCGGCUGUCCGCGCAAAAGACUUGUACGAUCUUGGAGUUGUAAUUGAGCUUUUCCCCAUUACCAGAGACGAGAAAAAGUUUGACCUUGGCAAAUUUUACGAUGACAUCAUCUAUCGAGACCUAGCUGCAGAGGCCAACCUCUCUGAGACCAGAAACUCAAAGUCCGGCGACGGCCUCAGUCUCCUCAACUCGUUAAUCUCAAAUAUUAACUCCAAAGAAACCCCCAAACGCUCCCUGUUCUCCAACCUCCCCUUGCAGAUUGCCCCUGGACUUAGGAUCUCAGUCAAAGGAUACAACAUCCUUCACCGUCAGACCCCAGCAAGAACAUCAUAUAUCUGGCUCGACGGUGAGAAGCCUCAGCUUGCCAACGGCGAGACAACACGCAUCGCUGAAGACAGUGCCCGAACCGUUGAGAAGGUUGAGUUCAAGAAGGCUUACAAGUUUGGCGGAGAGUACGUGCACUUCGCACCAGAGGAACAGAAAUCUCUCAAGGAUUUUGGCGCCCCUGUCAUUCGUAUCAUCGGCUUCAAGCCACGCUCAAUGCUCCCCUUUUGGGCGAGUGUCAAGAAGUCCACGUUCAUCUUCCCAUCGGAGGAGGACUAUGUUGGCUCAACCCGUGUCUUCAGCGCCUUAUGGCAGAAGCUACUCAAAGACAAGAAGAUUGGCAUCGCAUGGGCCGUCACCCGCGUCAACGCUAGUCCGAUCCUCGUCGCCGUCAUCCCUUCCCACGAGAAGUCUGAAGACGACUCAGGUACACCAUACCUCCCCGCUGGUCUUUGGCUCUAUCCGCUCCCCUUCGCCGACGAUCUGCGCGAAGGCCCCGAACCACCCAAUAAUCUUGUGGUUAGCUCCAACGAGCUCAUCGACAAGAUGCGUAUCAUCGUCCAGCAACUCCAGCUGCCGAAAGCCAUGUACAAUCCGAAGAAGUAUCCCAACCCAUCGCUACAGUGGCAUUACAAGAUUCUCCAAGUCCUGGCUCUCGAAGAGGAAUACCCGGAGAAGGCGGAAGAUCUCACAGAGCCAAAGUACAAGGCCAUCAGCAAGCGUGCCGGCGGCUACCUGGACGAUUGGGCCGAGACACUGCAGGACGAGACCAAGGUGGCGUUGGCAAAGGCGGCCAUCAAGCGCGAUGCGGACGACGAUGACGACGAGAGGCCGGCCAAGAGAGCGAAGGCCGCACCGAAAGCCGCAAAGGUUUCCGGGUCCGGGAUGACGACGGCGCAGCUCAAGGAUGCUGUGGCCAGUGGCGCUGUGAGCAAGAUGCUGGUUGCGGACCUGAAGGAGAUUCUGGCUGCGAGGGGACAGAGCACGGCAGGCAAGAAGAGCGAGCUGGUGGAGAGGAUUGAGGAUUGGGUUGAGAGCAAUGAUUGA